UGAUGGCUCAGUCCGGAGGGAACCAGGACAUGCUGGCCGUGCCCGUUAAACAGCUCCACCAAGGAGACCAGGCUGGACUGACCGAGGACCUGGUGAAGAUUCUCAGGGAGAACCUCCUUCAGCAGGAACGGCCGCGGCGGCCGUGGGAAAAGAGAUCCCCGGCGUCCAUGUCUCCACGACUGUCCCCCACCACGCUGUCGCCGCGCAACUCUCCUCGGCUGCUGCGCCGCAUGUUGAUAAACAACAACAUCCACAAACAGCGCCGCUUCACCGUCGCACACACCUGCUUUGACGUGGACAAUGGCACGUCAUCAGGAAGAAGUCCCCUGGACCCCAUGACCAGUCCGGGCUCAGGUCUGAUCCUUCAGGCCAACUUUGUGCACAGCCAGAGGAGGGAGUCCUUUCUCUACCGCUCGGACAGUGACUAUGACCUGUCGCCCAAGUCCAUGUCUCGCAACUCAUCCAUUGCCAGCGACAUUCAUGGGGAUGAUCUGAUUGUCACACCGUUUGCCCAGGUAUUGGCCAGUUUACGAACAGUGCGAAAUAAUUUCGCCACAUUAACAAACUUGCAGCAAGAGAGAACGUCAAAUAAGCGGUCCCCUAUGUGUAACCCACCACCUCUCCCGAAAGCCUCUUUUACAGAGGAGGCCUACCAAAAGCUGGCCACCGAAACACUGGAGGAGCUCGACUGGUGCCUGGACCAGCUGGAGACCCUGCAGACACGCCACUCGGUCAGUGAGAUGGCCUCCAACAAGUUCAAGAGGAUGCUAAACAGAGAGCUCACACACCUGUCUGAGAUGAGCCGAUCUGGAAACCAGGUCUCCGAGUACAUCUCCAACACUUUUUUAGACAAGCAGCAUGACGUGGAGAUGCCCUCGCCUCAGAAGGAGAAAGAGAAGAAGAAAAAGCCCAUGUCGCAAAUAAGUGGUGUGAAGAAGCUAAUGUACAGUACAAGCCUCACCAACUCCAAUAUCCCACGCUUUGGAGUCAAGACGGAUACAGAGGACUCCUUAGCCAAGGAACUGGAAGACAUCAACAAAUGGGGCCUUAAUGUUUUCAGAAUCACAGAAUUUUCUGGGAACAGACCAUUAACAGUGAUAAUGUACACCAUUUUACAGGAAAGAGACUUGCUCAAGACAUUUAAAAUUCCAUUAGACACUUUUAUAACCUACCUGAUGACCUUAGAAGACCAUUAUCAUGCAGACGUGGCGUAUCAUAACAACAUCCAUGCUGCUGACGUCACACAAUCCACCCACGUGCUGCUUUCCACACCCGCUUUAGAGGCAGUUUUCACAGACCUCGAAAUUCUCGCUGCCAUUUUUGCCAGUGCUAUUCAUGACGUGGACCACCCGGGGGUCUCAAACCAGUUCCUUAUUAACACCAACUCCGAGUUGGCGCUCAUGUACAAUGACUCAUCAGUGCUGGAGAACCAUCACCUAGCUGUGGGCUUUAAGCUGCUCCAGGAAGAAAACUGUGACAUCUUCCAGAACCUCACCAAAAAACAGAGACAAUCCCUGCGGAAAAUGGUGAUCGAUAUUGUAUUAGCCACUGACAUGUCUAAGCACAUGAACCUACUGGCUGACUUGAAGACGAUGGUGGAAACCAAAAAAGUGACCAGUUCUGGGGUGCUGCUCCUGGAUAACUAUUCCGACAGAAUACAAGUGCUGCAGAACAUGGUCCACUGUGCAGACCUGAGUAACCCAACCAAACCACUGCAGCUGUACAGACAGUGGACAGACCGCAUCAUGGAGGAGUUCUUCAGCCAGGGUGACCGAGAGAGGGAGCGUGGUAUGGAGAUCAGCCCCAUGUGUGAUAAACACAAUGCCUCUGUGGAGAAAUCGCAGGUCGGCUUCAUCGAUUACAUUGUCCACCCUCUGUGGGAGACGUGGGCCGACCUAGUUCACCCGGACGCCCAGGACAUCCUGGACACCCUGGAGGACAACAGAGAGUGGUACCAGAGCACCAUUCCGCAGAGCCCGUCCCCUGCGCCCGAGCAGAAAGACGAGAGUGGACGACCCGCUGCGACGAACGCCACGGACAAGUUCCAGUUUGAGCUCACACUGGAAGAGGACGGCGAAACGGACACAGAGAAGGACAGCGGCAGCCAGCCUGAGGAGGAGGAGGAGGAGGAGGAGGAGGAGGAGAACAGCUGCAGCGACUCCAAAACUCUGUGCACGCAGGACUCGGAGUGCACCGAGAUUCCGCUGGACGAGAAGGUGGAAGGAGACGAGGCAGAGCAGGACGGUCAUACCUGCAUAAAGGAUCCGGAAGUCAAACGCAUGCUUAGGAGCGCUGACGAAACCCACUGCGGCGUACAGACACUCGGUCAGUCACGGCCACCGGGGCAGACGAAGAAUGUGAAAUUUGAGGAGGUUUAUCCCCAGCUCCCAGUGAUCAGUCAGGAGGGCAAUUAUCAAAUCAGAAAUGAGGAUGAUCGAAUAAUAGAAAUGGGACAAGCGGAAACGACCAUAAAGAUGUACCCAAGUUCUAAAAGUAAGAAGAAGACGACAUCUUUGAAAACUAAGGGUGAGCUGAGGAUCAGGAGGAUGGAAUUUGAAGAUGAUGAAGAUCGAAGUGAUCUGGAGGAGGUCAUGGGAGGAUAUGACCCUGCAGUCAGGAAGAUAUUGGCUAAAGCGGAAAAGAGAGGAGAUAAAACAAGGAGGAGAGAAGACUCAGGAGAUGAAAGCUCUAAGGAGAGUGAAAAUGGAGGUAGCGAUAGUGAUUCAGAUGGUCCUAUGUAUUCAAGAGGGUUUUUUCCUGCAACAUCCAGCACCAGAAUUGAGAACAAACAGAAGGCUUUAAGAAAGGUAGGAAAAAGUAUAGAUCAAUGUCUUUCACGCCUGGAAGAAUCUACUAGUCCGGAAGGCCGGAAAGAGCUGGAGGAGCAAUUAAGGGAAUUGCAGAUACAGAAGAAAGAGUUGCAGAAAGAAGACUCCAAACAAGUGGACAGAAAGUAUGUGUUGCGUUCAAGAAAAGGGAAGUCACUGGAGAAGAUGUGUCCAGUGGUCAUCCGAGGACAGAGUUUGGAGUACAAGCCUUGGCAGAAUACAGAUAUGUCAGAUAUACUUGAGAAGUUGCCUACUCUUCAGGAUGGAGCCCAUCCUUGGAUUUCAAAGCUGGAAGAGAUUAUGGUGGGGACACAAUCGGCUGUAGGAGAUAUUAAGAGACUUCUAGCUAAUCUCCUUGGGGUUCCAGCCAUGGAGGAGCUUCUACAGAAAGCAGGGCUUAAUCGAUAUGUGGGGACUGCUGUGAAUGACCCGGAGCUGUUUUCUGCGAAUAGAGGUCGAGUGUGGAGAGCGCUAAGAGAUACGUUUCCGACAAAUGUGCAUCCAGAUAAUAUUCUCAUUGAGCCAUUGGGCCAGGGAGAAAACCCGAGGGCAUAUGUCUCGAGAGCCCAUCAAGUGUGGAGAAAUGUCACAGGAAAUGAUCCGGACUUGAAUCGAAUGGAGCAGUCAAUUUUGAGAGCUAAAAUACAGAAGGGGCUGCCUUUGCCGGUGAGGAGUAAGCUAGCAGAGGUGGUUGGUCUUGGAAACAUGGAAAAGGGUGUCUAUACAGAUCAUAUAGCCCACCAGGUGGAGCUGUAUAGGAAGAAGGAGCAUGAUCAAAAAGAGCAGGACCAAGAAACCCUUAGAAAACUUAACCAAAUACAAUUGGUGGAUAAUAAGAAGAAGGAGAAGAAGCAGGCUGUGGUUAUACAGAGGAGUGCAACAGGCCAGGAGGAAAUUUCAGAGGAGGAAUUUUCAGAGGAAGAAAUUUCCGAAGAGGAGGAUUUAGGGGCCAACCGAGGUCUUUUGAGGGACCUGUGA